AAUCUCUUGCUGAAGACAGAGAGAGAGAGAGAGAGAGGGGGGGGAGAGAGAGAGAGAAUGGCGGGGCUUGUGAUGGUAACGAAGGGCGGAGGUUGCGGCGGAGGGAAAGGAGCGAAGAGAGGAAGAACUGCCGCGGAAGAAGAGCAGAACCAGUUGUCGCUCGUCGCAAUCCUCUUGGCCGCUUUGAGGAAGUCCAUGGUGUCGUGUCGGGUGGAUCGACCCGACGAGGUUAGACCCUCUGUUCAUCACAUGGAAAUAGGAUGGCCCACGAACGUUCAGCACAUCACUCAUGUCACUUUCGAUCGUUUCAAUGGUUUUCUGGGUCUUCCUGUUGAGUUCGAGAUCGAGAUCCCGGGCCGGGUUCCCAGUGCUAGUGUAAGUGUUUUUGGCGUGUCGGCAGAAUCGAUGCAGUGUUCUUAUGAUUCAAAAGGAAAUAGUGUGCCCACUAUUCUCUUACUUAUGCAGGAGCGUUUAUACUCACAGGGGGGCCUAAAGCGGGAAGGAAUAUUUCGCAUAAACCCAGAAAACAGUCAAGAAGAACAUGUGAGAGACCAGUUGAAUAGGGGGAUUGUUCCGGAUGACAUUGAUGUGCACUGUUUAGCAGGCUUAAUUAAAGCCUGGUUUCGAGAGCUUCCUUCAGGAGUUCUGGAUGGACUUUCACCCGAACAGGUUCUUCAGUGCAACACAGAAGAAGAAUCAGUUGAGCUCGUGAAGCAGCUAAAACCAACUGACGCUGCCUUGCUCAACUGGGCUAUUGACCUCAUGGCUGAUGUUGUAGAGGAGGAAGAAUUCAACAAAAUGAAUGCAAGAAAUAUUGCAAUGGUCUUUGCUCCAAACAUGACUCAGAUGUCUGAUCCAUUAACUGCUCUGAUGCAUGCGGUCCAAGUGAUGAACUUGCUGAAGACCUUGAUAAUGAAGACACUUAGAGAACGUGAAGAAACAACGACAGGAGGAUAUUCACCCAUGUCAUUUCGUUCAUCAGAUCGCCAAUCUGAGGAGGGAUAUGACAGUCAGCAAGAAAUGGAGACGAGUGGCGAAUUAAGAAGAAGCAAGUCAGAUUAUGAUGAACAUGCACACUACAGCCCCAGCAGUGAAGAGGAAGAAGGCAGUGCCGAGUCUCUGAGUGACAUAGAGGAAUGCUUCUUGAAGCAGUUGGAUGAACACACAAAAGAAUACUCAGAAGAACCUGCAGGAGAUUUGCGGGAGGACUGUGCUAGCCCCAUAAGUCGCUCUGGCAGUAACAUGGAAACUGCUAUGUCAUUUACUGAUAGCAAAACCGAGAAUUCUUGCUUGAGUUGCUCGCAUGGUGAAAGAUCAAGGACAGCUCAGACUGCCAGGGGAUCAAAAGUUGAGACCAGUAGUCCAUCACUAGGAUGUACAGGCAGCAAUGAUAUGGAGAUGAUGGUUAAAUUUACAGGUUCUGUUUCGCCAAUGCCAAUGUUUCCCUCCAUUUAGGAACCUAGAUUUCUGUUUAGCAGCGUUUGAGGACCAUGUUUCAGAUUUUGUCUUUACAAGCAGGGUUUGCUUGUGUAAAUUAAUACAAGGGGUAGGAAAUGUUUGGUUGGUGUGGGCUGUGUGAAGGGUCUUGUUCAGUUCAGGGCUGAACAGGACCUGGUUCUUGUGUAUGUUCCCCAGUUCUGAAGUAUUCCAACCAUGACAAAUGAGAAGGGAUGGGCAGCAACAACUUCAUGUUUCAGAAGGGUGAAAACUCGGUUUUAGCCUGGGAUGGAUGUGCUAUGUACGCUAUGUAUGAUUAAAAUUUAAUGGAUUCCAGUUCCACUUUUAAGC